AUGCACAACUCGCUGGACGUGGCUACUGUCCUGGGGAGGAGAGAAACACCAAAGAUCAAUGGAUCAUCUGCAGCUUUCAUAGCUCUGGUGGUGGUCCUAGUUCUCAUCAUCGUCGUAUCUUGCACCGCUGUGAUAUUUCUCUUGCGGGAGGAACGGGCCCAAGACGAAGAAGCCCUUCGCCAUAGGCACCGGUCGCGUGAGGAGCCAUCAUCUUAUCCACAGAAAUCCCAGAGAUGGUACACCCGCAUCUUUGGCCUUCCAACCUACAAAGCCGCCCGCAGCGGUGAAUCGCCUUCUCGCUCCGACAAAGUUAAAAAGUACAAGAUGGGGCGGCAUGGGCAGGGGUGGGUGCAAGCGGGAAGUGGAAACGAAUGGGACUCCGACUCCGGGGACGACUUCCCUUCACCACGGAAGACGCAGAAUAUCCCCGGACCUUCUGCUGCUGCUAUGCGGACGCGGGACUACGACCCCUCGCUCGGGACUCCCAGCAAUUCGUCGACUGCAGGGUCCCCGUUCCCCUAUCACCCCACCCAGAGCCGGAGCCCGCACCCUAUACCACCGAGGGUAUACAGCCCUGUCUCCGAUACGUCGUCGAACCACAGCAUGCGCGGGUACGACCCCCACGGCGUGCGCGGGCUCUCGUACCCGGAGCACUACGCACCGUCAGUGCAAGGCGCCACGCUCCCCAGCAUCGCCUCGCAGCUCUACUCCCCGCCAUCUUCCCCAUCGCCAUCGUCUGAUCACCACCAUUAUACCCCUGCGAACACCCGGAGAUCCAUCCCGGGUACCUCUGGGACGCUGGAGAGCGAACCCUCGAAUGAUUCGAUGAACUCAAGCCGCGUGCCACCACGUUCGUUUGCUUCUCAGUCGAUACCCUCAGUGCGCACGUUCGAGGGAGGAACAAAAUUUAUUGAAGGCCUGUAA